AUGGCUUUUACCCACUCUUCCGUACCUGGCACCACUCGUUCGCAUUUAUUCAUUUCCUCUACCAACAAUGUCUCUCCACUCUAUCGUCGUCACCAUCGUCAGCCGGAGAAAUUUUCUUCUACCAUCGGUCAGGACACUUUUAUCCGCAGCAAUUAUAAAGAAAUGAAGAGUACACACUUCCUUACUGCUGCGCUUGCCGUCUUACUUGCUGUCAAUGCCAACGCUACACCUACUGGUCACCGUGAAGUGGCAAAUGGCCCUCCACAUAUGUCUAGCAAGAUCGGAUUAAUGUUGCAGCUUGGAGGCGGCGAGGACGAUGGACGCACACAUGAAUAUGACGACACAGGAGAAAGACAUGCGUGUGUGGAAGACUUCAAGAACGACGGACAUGAGCAUGAAAUCGACCAUGAGGAGAAGUUCUCAUCACAGUGGGAUUGUCAACCCUCACCUUCUUCCCUUUCCUCUGGUUCCUGUUUCAUCUCUCCUUCCUCUUUUACUCCCACAUCCACUUCAUCAUCUGCCGCUCCUUCACAGUCCCAGUCAUCACAACUUUUUUCUUGCCUUCAGUACCACUAUCGCAAGUGGAAAGAACCAACAAUCUCUUCAUAUUUGGCGUUAAAUUCAAUGCUGCCAGAGUCGCACUUAAUAAUAAAUCCGACAGGUGUGAAAUUUCAUCUCCCAUUUCGUACUCUCAGUAGAUGCUGCCUUGCAGUGAGCGCCAGCGGUCUUCCUCCUAUCCACGGUCGUCUUCGCCUCAAUGAUGGUCGAGUUCAUCUCUUUCCAACUUUGGAUGGCUUGGUGUGUGCUUUUCCGGUUGUCCGAACCGUUAUUGGCGUGAUCUUAGUCUUCUUCUACUUAUUCCUCCUUCCAACUACCGCCCGCUGUUUGUCCACCUUCCGAGUCACCAUUGCUGAUGAGUAA